AUAUCUGAUAAUAUUAUUGGAUGCAGGGUCAUAGUCAUUCUUUAGUUAGUGUACCCACCAUUUAUUAUUAUCCUUGUCUUUUGCCUCCAUUCUCUUCUCCCUGCUGCUUCUUCCCAUCCACUAAAUAUACUCUUUCCCAUCUUUCCUCCACUCAAUGCAACCCUAAAUUUCUCUAUCUCUCUCUUUCUUUCUUCAUCUUCUUUCUCCACCUAGGGUUUUGCUUCAGCUCCAUCACAGCUUUGCAGAGCUCUGUGACUCAUAACUUUGGUUUAUCAAAGGGAAAGGAAGAAGGGUUUUAUAUCUCUAUCUCUCUCUCUCUCUCUCUCUCUCUGGAAAGGAAGAUGGCAUCAUCAAGUUGUUACAACUCUCCAUGUGCUGCUUGCAAGUUCUUGAGAAGAAAAUGCAUGCCAGAUUGCAUUUUUGCUCCUUAUUUCCCACCAGAAGAGCCUCAAAAGUUUGCCAAUGUCCACAAGAUCUUUGGGGCAAGCAAUGUCACAAAGCUGCUCAAUGAGCUUCUGCCUCACCAAAGAGAGGAUGCAGUGAAUUCUCUUGCCUACGAGGCCGAGGCUCGAGUCCGAGACCCGGUCUACGGUUGCAUUGGAGCCAUCUCCUUCCUCCAAAGGCAAAUCCAUAGGCUCCAAAAGGAACUCGACGCUGCGAAUGUCGACCUAAUUCGGUACGCAUGCAACGAGAUCCCUGAUGGCGGAGCGAGUCAUGUGGUUCAGCCAAUCCCCGACCUACGCCCGAGGGCUUUGGAUCAGUAUCAUACAAGAAUUCUUGGGAAUGAAGGGUCAUCAAGUGGAUAUUAUAAUCAACAUCCUCCUGCUUUCCCUAUGGGCUAUCCACUUCCUUGGAAUGAAAACUCUUCUGGAAAUAACAUCAAUGAAGGAGGAAGGGAUGACAAUAUUUGAAGAUAGCUUUUCCAAAACCUCUCAACCCUUUUAGGGUUGAGUGAAAAACUUCUCUCUUCUCUCGUAAGUCACUUCCCCAUAUAUAUAUAUAUAUAUAUAUAUAUGAUGGGUUUUUCUAGCUAGAUGAUUUGGUUUCUAAAAUCCCAAAAUUUGUCCAUUUAAAAUCCUAAGCAAUUUCGAAUGAGUUUAUGUUUUAAAUUAUGAGGGCGUAAAUAAGGUUGCUUUGCAUGAAGCUAGCAACAUUAAUGUUUAUUAUCGUGUGAGGUUCAUUUUCUAGAGAGCUCUUUUAGCUUAUUAUUGUAUCAAUAAUUUUGUAUUGCAAUUGUUUAUGCUUAAGAAUAAAUGAAAAGAAAAGGAAAAAAAAAAACAAUAUUUUUAUCUCAUGUUUGUUGAGUGUUCUUAAAAAAGCAGAUUCUCUUAGCCUCAUGUAUUUAUAUAUUCAUAUAUAUAUAUAUAUAUAUAUAUGCAUCUAUGUGUAGCUUAGUCGUCCUAUUUUUAACCCUAUGUAAUAUUCUCCCCUUCCUUUUCUUUCUACUUUCUUUUGAGAGGACCAGGUAAGCUUUUCUUUUGUAAUUGUCAAAUGUCAAUAACAAUUUUAGCUAAAUGAUAAGGUUUUUAGCUAUUUAUUUGAUUGAGCAAAAGACCUAUAAAGAGAAAUGCUUGAAGCAGCCCCAACCUUUGCCACCUAACAAAUGAGCCUCUAUGUUAUGGCAAAGUUUUGAAAACUGAAGGAGGGUUGUGAAAGGAAGGAUUUGAAAGGGCCAUUUUGAAAAGAAAAAGAAAAAGAAAAAGAAAUUUCCCGUGGAUGGGGUUUUCAGUUUCUUUUUAUAUUUCAAUUUCUUCACCUACCUUUUUACUGUUUUCAUCUCCCCAUCACAAGUCCCAGACUUUGCAGUAAAAACCCUACACUACUCAUAUUCACAGUAAAAGCUUAUCUUCCUUCUGUACUUUCUGUUUUGUUCUUUAUUAUUAUGUUUUAUCCUCGGGCUGAUCAGAGUUUUC